AAACAGAAACCAUAAAAAAACACAAGUUAUUCUACAAGUUUCUAGGGGUUUUCUUUUGGCUAGAACGAUGGCAGGGAAGAUGAUGAUGCAGGUUUUAUGUGUUGUGGUGGCUUGUAUGGUGGUGGCAACGCCUUAUGCGGAGGCUGCCAUUAGUUGUGGUCAGGUGGUGGGGAAGUUGGCGCCAUGCUUGAACUACCUGAGGGUCGGUGGUGCAGUGUCGUCAGCAUGUUGCAAUGGUGUUAAGGGUUUGAAUGGUGCCGCACAAUCGACCCCUGACCGCAAGACGGCCUGCGGUUGCCUGAAGAAUGCUUAUGCCUCGAACUCAGGCAUCAACCCUAGCUACGCCUCGGGCCUUCCCGGCAAGUGUGGCGUUAGCAUUCCUUAUAAGAUCAGCCCCAACACCGACUGCGCCAAGGUGCAAUGAGGCUUCUCUCGAAUGCAUGGAAAGAUAAACUUGGGGUGACGAAGAUUAGAAUAUAAGAUCUUAUUAGAAUAAAAAAGAUAUGGAAGGAAAACCCUAUCUCUCCUUGGAAAAGUCUUGUUAUAUCAUGUCUUAGCCAUAUAUAUAUGUGUGUGUUUUUUAUGCGUUA